AUGCUCGAGGCUGGCUAUCAAAAAAUCUAUGAUUAUUUCGAAGGUGAUCACUUCAAGAUAUAGUAAGUCAUUUUUGCAACAACCAACAAAAUGUGGUUUCUUGAUUUGUGUGUCUUAUGCUAUCAAAUCAAUCGGAUCAAACACGAAUUUAGGGUAGAACGAAUCAUGAUUGUGACUAUUUCGAAAAUACUGUACACAUCUAUAAAUCAAUGAUAAUAAUAAUAAUAAUAAUAUAAAAAUUCUGAAAAAGUUCAAACUACGACCAAAAUUUUACUACCAAAUCGGUAUUACACACUUAAAUUGAUUGACGUUACCCCUAAAUUGAUAAGCGAACCAAAAAAGAUCAGAAACGUCUCUCUCUCUCAAAAAUCCACCAAUUUUCCAGCGUCUUCGCAGGUACUGUAGUUGUCAAUACCUUUUUCUGGAUUUUCAACGCAUUUUUCAUCAUAAUCGAUAUGUUGGACCCUGCCUGGGUUCAACCAUACAAAAUUCAAGAUGAAAAAAAGGUACGGGAAAAAAUGACGUUAGAGUCAAUAAAUAAAAAAACACAUGUUUUAGCCUACACUUGGAAAAUAUUUGUCAGCGCUCAAGACUAUUUUGUUCAAUCAAAUUGUUAUUGGACCAAUUGUCACUGCCAUUUGGUUUAUUCCAGCAAACUAUCUUGGUAGGUCAAAAAAAAAUCAAAAAUCUCCCAAGAUUUUUGCAUUUGCCAAAUUUCAGCUAAAAAUUUGAAUUUUUCAAGUUCAAUUUUGGCGGGAAAUUCAAAUUUCAACACAAUAUCCUAGCACAAAAAUCUAAAAUCUAAAAUCUCAAUUUCACAUCAAAAGAAAGAAAUGGCAAGUCUAGACAACUAAUUUAAACAGCAUGCAAAAAAGGUGAUAAGAAGAAUGUGAGAAACUUGAUCAAGUUUCGGUCUUUGAUACAUUUGAUAACAUCACGUGCAUCAUUUUCGAUAAAUCACACUUGUACCAUUUUCAUUUUGUCAAUUUUCAGACAUCAGUUUCUCCACAACACUACCUUUCUUGGACUGAAAUUCUUCGUGAUGUAGCGAUUUGUAUAUUUUUUGAAGAAGUUGGAUUUUAUUAUACUCAUCGGCUUUUUCAUCAUCCUAGAAUUUACAAAUAUAUUCAUAAGAAACAUCAUGAAUGGACCGCACCUGUUUGUGAGUUUUAGGCUGGAAAUAAGCUUCUAGAAAUUCAGAAAAUUCUAGAAUUUCAAGAAAAUCUAAACCAGAAAUUCAGCAAUCACCAGUGUCUAUGCUCACCCUCUCGAACACGCGAUCAGUAAUUUGAGCCCAGUUAUGCUCGGCUCAAUUGUCUGUCAAUGCCACGUGGUAACUCUAUGGAUGUGGGCAACGUUUGCCGUUUUGUCAACAACAUUUUCCCACUCCGGUUAUCAUUUUCCAUUUAUGCUAUCUCCUGAACCACACGAUUAUCAUCACAAAUACUUCAAUGAGUGCUUCGGAUUGGGAUUAUUGGACUGGCUUCAUAAUACUGAUACAAACUUCAAGAAAUCAAUUGAAGCGAAAAGAAGUUAUAUGAGCUUUAAAUUGACACCAAUCAAACAAUUGCAUCCUGCAGACAAGGAAUAA